GUGAAGUCUUUCACCUUUCUUUGUGAGCCCGCACCUCUUAAUUGCAACCCCCCAAUGCACUCGAAAUGGCAGCGCAAAACUCCACCACGUACUAUCAGUCGCUCCUAGCGCCGUCCUCGCUCCUCAUUCUCGCAACAUUACUUGCUUUUCUCUACGUGGCAUACCUGCGUGCCCUACCAAAGCCCCUCGCUGGGAUCCCUUACAAUGAGGAUUCAGCGAAGCGAAUCUGGGGCGAUAUGCCCAUCUUCAGAGAGAUGGAAAAGGCGGGAAUACGCCCGAGGUUAUUUUGGUCGCAGCUGGCCCAAAGGCUCCAGUCGCCGGUGACGCAAUUCUUCAUGGGACCUUUUUACAAGCCCAUGGUAGUGCUGGCAGAUUGGCGCGAAGCGCAGGAUUUGCUGCUUCGACGUUCCAAGAACCUCGAACGCGGCACCAUCAACAACUCCAUCUGGAGUCCGGUCGCCCCCGAGCACUUUAUCUCCAUGAAUAGUUCCGACCCGCGCUACAAGUCGGCGAGAGAUCUCGGCAGAGACUUGAUGACACCGACCUUUUUGAACACUGUCUCUGCCCCUGAGAUAUACGACAAAACGUCUAAAUUCAUCGAAUUAUGGGAUUUCAAAGCCCGCGUUGCCGAAGGCAGACCCUUCGAGGCGGCUGAAGACCUCAACUUUCUCACUAAUGAUAUCAUCCUGGCUGCCGCUCUGGGCCUCGAUGACAGUCUUAGCGAUACGACACAACAGCUCGCAGGCUUACGUGCAAAGGCCAUGCCCAAACCCCCUUGUUCAUCGGAUGCCUGCUUUCCGUUUCCGGUCAUGCAGGGAUCCGAGGCAUUGUGGACGAGCAAAACGCUUACAGAGGGAGUCGGCCGUUCCGCCACGCAGCCAUCUCCCCGGCUCUAUCAUUUUUUCAACAACCUCACGCCCCAAGUCCGCAAGGCAUAUAAGGCAAAGGACAAGAUACUACGAACAGCGAUCAAUGGCGCGGCUCAACGCGUGGAGAAAGGAGAGAUAAACGUCAGGAAUGCCGUGGAUCUGAUGGUUUCCCGUGAGAUCACCGCGGCUAGAAAAGCGGGCCAAAGCCCUGAGCUCAACUCAUUGCGCAUGCACGACCAACUCUUCGGGUAUAUCCUUGGAGGCCAAGACACAAGCCACAGCGUCCUCACAUUCCUGGUAAAGUGGCUCGGUGCUAGACAGAAUGAACAGAAGGCCCUUCGAGACAACCUGAGAUCGAUGCAUUCCACAGCUUGCAAUGCUGGUCGACCGCCUACGACGGAGGAGAUUAUCAAAACGCAAGUCCCCUACCUAGACGCGUUCAUUGAAGAAGUCAUCAGGAUGAGUGCCCCUAUCAUCGUUGUAACAACCGUUGCGACCGCAGAUAUGAUAUUAUUGGGCCACUUCAUUCCCAAGGACACGGUGAUCUGGAGCCUCAUAUCCGGGCCAACAACCACCGAGCCAGGGUUCAAGAUUCCCGAGGCCGAGCGCAGUGAGAGCUCGCAGAAGCACAACGAAGGGAUUGCAGAUUGGGCCGAUAGUGCCUACGCGCCUGACGAGUUCCAUCCGGAGCGCUGGCUGAAGAAACGUGACGAGACGGGCGAGAUGUCGUUUGACUCCAAGGCUGGUCCGUUCCUGGGCUUCAGUAGUGGCCCAAGGGCUUGUUGGGGUAAACGGCUUGCUUAUCUGGAGUUGAGGAUUGUGAUCACGCUGCUGACGUGGAACUUUGAAUUCCUCCCCUUGCCGGACGAGAUGAAUGGGUUUGAGGCAUACGAUUUGCUGUUAGCGAAGCCUAAGUCGUGUUUUGUGCGGCUGAAGAGUAAUCUCAAGGAUUAAGGAAUCCGUGUCCGAUAUAUGAGCACUUUGGUAUUUUGGACUAGGGUAAGCCAGAACAUGAGUGUGCCUUUAUGCGACUUUUUCUUUUACUAGCUCCAUGUCGAGAUAGCUUCUUUAUUAGACCGGAGUUGUGGUACAAGAAAGCGUGUUCUAAGGCUAGCAAAACUGGCUCCUUGAGUAGGUUGGAGUGGGUAAUAGUUGCAACUUGUUAAUUCCAAGCUUCACCAGCGGGAUUGGUGGUGUGUGAUAUUUUAAUCCAUUAUAUGAAACCAAGACCAUAGACUGAGUCUCGAUAUGCUGGCUAAGAAACAACAGAAGAGCUGAACAAAC